UAUCUGAAUUAUGGUGACGAACAGUGGAAAAAAGAAACGAAAAAGGCAUUGGCUCAGUUGAAUACCUACACGGAAGAAGUCCGUCGAAACUUGGAUGCCACUAUUGAUUGGCUGCACGAACAUGCGUGUUCUCGAUCCUACGGCUUGGGUUCAAGAUUGCCAUGGGAUCGUCAGUAUCUGAUCGAAUCACUUUCCGAUUCAACGAUAUACAAUGCCUAUUAUUGUGUUGCACAUCUGCUUCAAGGAGGUGUGAUCGACGGGAGCGUUGUUGGUCCGGCUGGAAUCAAAGCAUCGGACAUGGUGGAUGAUUGCUGGGAUUAUGUGUUUCUGAAUAAGCCCUAUAAUAGCGACACAAUGCCCGUGCCGGAGUCCAAGCUAGCACUUUUAAAAAAUGAAUUCCUCUACUGGUAUCCAGUAGAUAUGCGUGCAUCGGGCAAGGAUUUACUGCAAAAUCAUCUCACCUAUUAUUUAUUCAAUCACGUUGCGUUGUGGAAAAAUCAGCCUGAGUUGUGGCCUCGAAGUAUACGUGCUAAUGGGCAUCUUCUACUGAACAACGAAAAAGUAAAAACGUUUUCAAUUUAG